AAUGAACUCUGAUUUGGACUCAGAUCUUCCUGUUCGUUAUAAAAGAAAAGGCAAAGACAAUAUCUACCACUGCUUGUUUGUGAGCUGCCUGAUUGGAGGUAUAAUCGCUCUGUUAACCGCUAUCCUUGUACCAAUAGCUGUGAAUGCAGGACUUGAUAAGAAGAUUGAUGCAAAGAUCUUAUUAAAGGAAAGCGAGAUUGAGUACUGGGGACAUACUCCUGGGAACUAUAACAUCGAUUCCACUGAGAAGUAUAAAGUAUUCGGGUAUCCUAGUAAAAAUGUGGAAGACCUCCUAGCUGUGCAGACAGCUGGAGAACACUCUUUUAAAGUUGAAAAGAAAUAUGAGAAUAUUAGCUAUAGCGUUAUUGAAGAUACUAUUACUUUUGAGCAAAAUAAAACUUUAAAAGAAACAAAGAAGGAAGUAAAUGAAGAAGCAGGCUACCUUAUUAAUCUUGGAGCUCUAUCUACUAAUUACUUGUUAUCUGAUAAGGAAAACUUUAAGGAGAUCUACUCCUUGCUGAAAACCUCAGCUGAGCAAAUGAUCGAACAUCUUGUUCCUUAUGUCUUCUCGAUGAACGCUUUCUAUACAGCCAUGAAUGAUAAAGAUAUUGUAAUGAAAAGUGUCCUUCCUGGCAUUAAGAAUUCAGGCUCUAUCUUUGUCGAUGAUGAAAUGGGAUUUGGAUCAAUUAAGAGUCUUUCAAAGUGGAUUAAAGCUAUAGAAGGAGGAUCUACUUCAGAAGUUUACCAAACCCUACAAAAUCACUUUAAACUAAAAGACUCGCACAUGGAUCAGAUAGUCGGACCUAAAUCAUUCUUAAAAGCACUAUAUUCAGCUACUCAGGUCAGCUAUGCUCUUCAGUAUAACUGCAGAAAGUUCUGUGACAACACGACUAUGUUCGCUAUUCAGUGGUCAAGCCAGAAUGUGACCAAUCUUCCGGAUACCUUUAUCUCACCAAAGGUUAAGGCUGUUGAGUCUCUAUAUGAUCUAGAUAAAACAUUAUUUGGAGCAAGGCCAGAAUUCUCUUAUGCUUCAAACUUAAGCCACAUUACAUCAGAGGCGUUAAACUUGACUCAGGCUUUGAGGCUUGCUUCAAUUGCUUCAUUUGAGGACUCAGCUUCGAUCUUUAAUCCAACCAAUCUAUAUUUGUUCUUCAGUUCUUAUCUGACCAAAAGUUAUGAUAAUAUUAUGAUCAAGUUUAAGCUUGUCUCUGAGAAGCAAUGUGAUGCAAUCUAUGACUAUCUGAUUAAUUAUGUCAUUCCUAAACUUGGAAAUUAUGAGGAAAAGAAAGGCACUAAACAGCACAAAGCCUUUGCCAAUCUUGUUACUCAUACAAUAAAGAAAUCUGAGGAGCUUCUGGGAGAAUUCCUCUAUUAUGAACUCUUUGCAAGGUACAUUGGAGCUGCACUCAUCAAGGAUAAGAAGAAAUGUACAGAUUUUGUCUCUGUGGGUACUGAUAAAGCAAAAGCUGAACAAGCUUGUGAAAAAGUUCCUUUUGAUAGCUACUUAGGAACAACACUUUGGGCGAAAGCCUUCAUGCAUGGACCAAAUCAUCCUCUUUAUCAACAUCUAGCUGAUACAACUGGUCUAACCACAGAUGAACUGAGUAAAGUGUUUAGCACGAAAUCUUCAAAAGAUUAUGGAAAUUAUGCGAAUAAAAUCAUUACUGAUAUCUCUAAGCAACUCAAAUGCUCUAAUAGCCCAUGCAGCAAGGAAGAGCUAGGCCAUAGACAAUUUUUGAGUACUGGCAUUACCUCAAGGAUCAUUAAAUACUCAGGAGUUGUUGACUUCCUUCAAGAAGUUAGCACCGUAAAAGAUUGGAACUAUAGCAGAGAAGUAGCAAUGGAAUAUUCCUACUUUGCUAAGAAUAAGUGUGACCAGAAGGAACCUUUAAGCGAAGAAGUGUAUAAUAUCCUUACUAGUGGAGAUCAUAGCCUUGGAGAUUAUAAGAAUGCAAUAAAUUUUGUAGUUGAUGUUGAUCAAGGAGUCAAUCUUGUGAAUUACACUAAUAUUUAUAAGACUGAUCCUGAGAAGUUACUCUGUGUGCUUAGAUACAUGACACAGGAUUCUCUACUUGGAGGAGUAGUAAUGAGAAAAGACUCUACUGACUUUAUUAAUGGCUAUGAUGAUGAUACUCUGUCUAUUCUGAGAGAAGGAGAGUUCAGCAAAGGAAGCGACCCAUCUGUUCAGACUCAUGUUUCUAUCAAUGAUGUGUACUAUAAUAAAUCUUUGAUAGAGGAUGUGACUUUGGAAUUAUUUACUGGAAACAGACACCCUGAUAAAGUAAAGACAGCUAGAUCAAUCAACGGUGGAGUAUAUAUAAAUAACGUCAUUCCUUACUUUAACGGAACUAACAUAACCUAUGGAAAUCUGAACCCAUAUCAAGAGAAUUUUAGAUUGGAAGGAACUGAUGGGCUCCAGUUUGGUAAAAAUCUUGGAAAGGAUAGCAAGCCAAAGUACUUUGACAGCAAGAAAAUUCAGGAUAUUCAAUACAAAUAUGCUGGGAAAGAAUCAUUUGGUGAUAUCAACACUCUUAAAUAUGAUUUAGAUCAUGAUGCUAUACAGAAAAAUUAUGGGCAAAAUGCAGCUAAACUCUUCAAUUAUGAUGGUAUUUUCAAUAUCUCACAAACGUUCAAACUUCCUCUUGGAUCAUCAGCCGGCUACUUUAAAGGAGUCAAACAAAGCGAUUACGGAAGUGCCACAAUUGAUGGAAAAUCUCCUUCAACAAUGCAGGGAGAAGUUCAAAAUUUCUUCUCUAUUGAGCCAGUCUCAGGCUUUACGAUCGAUUCAAAGAGAAAUGAAAUGAUAAUGCUUGAUGUCCAUGAAAAAUAUUUGGCUUUCCCUGAACUGGACAAGGUAUUUGGAUUUAUUCCUUUGAUGAAUGUUGAAACAGAAGUGAAGAUUAAAGAGCAAAUCUUUUUAGACAAAUAUGGCUUUGUGAAUGCUUAUAAUAACGGUGUAUUCUACUUUAGAGUUAUUGGGUACCCACUGGCUGGGCUCCUCCUGAUUGCUGCUGGAAUCUUCUUCUUCCUCUACACUCGUUACUCUGAAAAAGGAGUUAACUAUAGUGUGCUUAGUGACAAUAGCUUUAAGAAUGAGGAAGAAAGACUUAUCGAUCACACUGAGAAAAAUCCUGAAGUCAAGUACAGAUAUGAAGAGACUAAGGAAGUUCAAGAUUCCACCAGACUAGAUUUAUUGGAUGAGGAUAGCAGCCCCUAAGGCUUUUAUAGCUUC